CACCGCUUUUCACGCGUCCCGUCUUGCCAGCGGUUGGGAGCCGCAACUAUUUCUGCGAACCCCAGCUGCCGUUCCUUCUUUUUUUUCUCUACAAUAACUCCCUUCGUUCCUGCAUUCGCAUUUCCGCCCUCUCGGUUUUCUGGUUUCCAAUUCCACUUUCUUCCCAUCCUUGCAAUCCAAGCACGUAUAUAAGCUCAGAACAUGCCCCCCCGAAGCGUGUGCUUAAAUGUCUUCACAACUAGUCUGGGCAGUGGCUCAGUGAAAAAAGAAUCAGAAGUCGUUGUUCGCGAGACGAAGGCGGGAAAUGGCGAUGGAGCCGCUGAGGAGAGAGCAAGGCAUGAUAGUGUCCAGGAAGAUUCUAUCGCUACAAGCAAGCCAUUCGCGCAAGCUUUCACCGCCGCCCACACCUCUCCUAUUGCUUCUACUACCAUCGAUGUCGCCACCCUCCCCGCUGAUAUCAGAGGCAUAGUGAAUCCGUUCUUUUCCACUGUCCUCCCGACAACUUGUUCCACCUGCACCAGACCGCCUCCUUCGGGUCACUCGCUCCUCCGCUGCUCGCGCUGUAAACGCGCCUACUAUUGCUCCAGGACUUGCCAGAAACAAGCCUGGAAGACUCACAAAGCCGACUGCGAUCCCACUUCUUCCCCGAGCCCUUACUCCGUUUUGGACACGCCGGACGUUUCCAUGCCGGGCUCGCCUGCGACGGCUGCUGAUGAACAUCAAUUCAAUCUAGCCGCUCCAGUUGCGCGCGAUGUGGCCAGCCAGUGCGGUGCUAUUCAAGACGCUAUGUACGGUCUCUCCACCACCGCACACUAAAUUGUACAGUACGAACCUGUCGCUGUCCGAAUACAUUCUUUGUUACUCCCUGAGGGGUGCGCUGGACAGACUGCGCGGACACAUCUUGACCACCAAGGCAGCUUCAGUUGUACAGGUGUUUGCACGAAAAUACAAGUGCACGCUAUCAUGUGAAUACCCAACGCGCGAGAGCGCAACAUGACGAAAUACAGAGGAAUUACGGAUCAAUCUCAUCUAUUUGCAAUUAGGCAUUUACACGGUGCUGGAGGCGUUUUGUACAUUUUAGACUAGGAAGCAUUCAGUAUGCAGCACAGGGACUCGGAGUCCAUGAAUCAUGUUUACGACUUAUGUUUUAUUUUAUACAACGUAUAAGACCCG